AUGAGAGCCUCUUUUCUGAUCAGUCGCAAGCAGCCGUGGAUGGGGCAGCUGCUGCUCAUGGCGAGGAACAAGGCCCUCACGCUCCUGCUGAAGCUGUAUAGGCGGACUCCCAUCUUCAGACCGCGACACCUGCCAGGAAGGAAUCAGACUCAGAGCGCUGGACCUGGCCGGGAUGCAACGAUCAGGACCUCUGCCAAAAACACGAACCUUUCCUGUCGUAUUUCCCAUCUCACCAUGUUUGGCGGCCUCGUGCAUCUGGAUGUGCUAAGUGAGGACGACUACCUCUAUGAGGUCAGUGACGUGGAAAUCGGAUCGGACGGAGAAAUUUUUCUGGACAUGCACAGCCGGCGGAGACAGGGCAACUUCGAGCUGGCUCUAAUGGCGGGCGGGCAACUGGACGUGGACUCCGAGGAAGACGAAGAAUUCGACGAGUGCGACUGCGAAGGAUAUGUGCGCUACGUGGAGUACGGGGAGUGCAAGGGGGGGAGCGAUCUAGUGCGGACGGAUGGACGAAUGGAGUCUUUGGAAAGAUCUCAGCUGCCUGCCGCGCCACCAGGUUCUUUCACAAAGCGAGCCAACCUCCCCAUCUAAGCCGUGAAGUAUGGCAACGCCGCAAUGCCGACAAUUGGUACUCUCGUUUGGCGCCAAUACUAACGACAACAAUGUAAAACACUAGAGCACUCUGGCGAGAGGGCACGUCAAGUGCAGAGAGAGUCCGGACCCGAGUCGGAAAGGGGGCGGGGGAGCCCGGGCGGUCGGAGAGUGUGCACAAAAACAUUUGCCGGCUGCUUAGUUUUUUUGCCGGUGCAAAAAGUCGAAUGCGAGCGAACGCUGAAAGCUUCCACUCUCCCUCCGCGAUUUAGAUUCAGAUUCAGAUUCAAAUUCACAUUCACAUUCACGUUCGCACUCAGAUUCCGAUUUCGAGUUCGACCUCCCCCUCUGGCACUACGGUACCUCAUCAGCGUCAUCACCAUCGCAAAGUCACACACGGCGUAUACAUAAUCCAAAUAAAAGCAAACAUUAAA